AUACUAAUGGAAGGAUCAAAUCACUCUGUUGUGUCAGAGUUUGUAUUUCUCGGACUCACCACCUCCUGGGACAUCCAGCUUCUUGUCUUUGUGUUCUCCUCCAUGUUUUUUAUGGCAAGCAUGAUGGGAAACUCCCUCAUCAUUUUUACCGUGGCCUCAGACCCUCACUUGCACUCUCCCAUGUAUUUUCUGUUGGCUAACCUCUCCUUCAUUGACUUAGGUGUUUCUUGUGUCACUUCCCCCAAGAUGAUUUAUGACCUGUUCAGAAAGCACAAAGUCAUUUCCUUUAGAGGCUGCAUCACUCAGAUCUUCUUCAUCCAUGUCAUUGGUGGUGUAGAGAUGGUUUUACUAAUAGCCAUGGCUUUUGAUAGAUAUGUAGCCAUAUGUAAACCUCUCCAUUACCUGAGUAUUAUGAGCCAAAGAAUAUGCCUCUUCUUUGUAGUUACUGCCUGGAUAGUUGGCCUUAUACACUCUCUGGUUCAACUGGCUUUUGUUGUAAACUUACCUUUCUGUGGACCAAAUGUGUUGGACAGCUUCUACUGUGACCUUCCCCGGUUCAUCAAACUAGCCUGCAUAGACAUCCGUAAACUAGAGUUCAUGAUCACAGCCAACAGUGGAUUCAUCUCUGUGGGGUCCUUCUUCAUUCUGAUCAUUUCUUAUACUGUCAUCAUAAGCACUGUGCAAAAACACUCUUCAAGUGGCUCCUCUAAAGCGCUGUCUACCCUUUCAGCUCAUAUUUCUGUGGUGGUCUUAUUUUUUGGUCCUUUGAUAUUUGUCUAUACGUGGCCAUCUUCGUCCAUAAACAUUGAUAAAUUUUUGGCCAUAUUUGAUGCAGUUAUCACUCCCUUUCUGAAUCCAGUGAUUUACACAUUCAGGAAUCAAGAAAUGAAGAUGGCAAUGAAGAGAGUAUUCAAACAGCUACUGAGUUAUAGAAAGAUCUCCUAA